CUGUUGAGAAUUCCGUGGCGGUUUUUUUUUUGUAUUUGAUUACGAUUGCAAAUAGGUAAAAUAUUUAGGUAACAGGGAAUCAAAUAGUUGUUAAAACGAAAGCAGCUAACUAACUCUUUGUGAUUAUGGUAAUGUGUUUUGAGAAAAGAAAAGGUGUUUUUAAGUAAACUUUUUAUUAAAAUACUACAUGCGAAGGGAAUAAAACGCGUAAACGUAAUAGAUAGAAAGUUAAAAACAUUUCUACGGGUAAAUUAAGUAGUUGGUUUAAGAAGUAAAAUGCCUAAAAAUAAGAAGAAGCAAGAAAGUUCGAGCAGCGACAGUGAUGAAGGUCCAGUUGAUAGAAAUCCCCCAGCAGAGAAGAAAGCCAAAAUGGGUAAUAGGACUGAAGAUAAAGAACCAACUUGGGUGCUGCAGGGUAAAAAGUUAGUGAAGGUCCGAGAGUUCAAAGGAAAAGUUUAUGUAGAUGUAAGAGAAUUCUAUGAGAAAAAUGGCGACUUGUUGCCAGGGAAGAAGGGUAUUAGCUUAACACCAGAGCAAUGGAGAAAACUGUUGUCUUUGGGUGAUGAAGUUAAUGAAACAAUUAGUUCUCUUGGUUAAGUGUUUUUAUUACUUUAAUAAAGAUGUAUGUUGUUUGGAAAUUUUAGUUA